AUGUCUGAAUUCGACACUAACAUCUCAACUGCUUUUGAUCCCUUUGCUGAGGCAAAUGCUGACGACUCAGGUGCUGGGGCAAAAGAGUAUGUUCAUGUGCGUAUACAACAACGUAACGGAAGGAAAAGCCUGACAACUGUUCAAGGAUUAAAGAAAGAAUUCAGCUAUACUAAGAUACUCAAAGACCUGAAGAAAGAAUUCUGCUGUAAUGGUACUGUUGUACAGGACCCUGAGUUAGGCCAGGUCAUACAGCUUCAGGGAGAUCAAAGAAAGAACGUUUCAACUUUCCUUGUCCAAGCGGGCAUAGUAAAGAAGGAGCAUAUCAAGAUUCAUGGUUUCUAA